CCUCCCUCGUGGCCCGCAAGACAUCAUCUGCGGGGCCUCGUUCCUAUGGGCUGCCUGCUGCUGUGCCGAGUGUGGUUCUGAAACACGAUCGCCUCGCGCCCCUCGUCCCUAUAAAACCCGCUCAAAAUCCAAAAUAUCUUCACAGCGAAACAGAGUUGCACUUACACUUACACUUAUUGCUAUAUAGCACAGUUAACUACCCCCCUCUCUAGCGCAUUGAAUCAUGCGCGGCCCGAGCUGUGUCGUGGAAGCUCCAGGAACACCCAGAGUUGCUUCCCUGCAUCAAGGGGCCGCGCGCUUGGCCCAACCGAACAUGACCACCACUCCCAGCACUCCCGCGGCCACGAUCAAUCCCUCAACAACUACGCCGACAACAGCGACAACACCUCCUCCUCCUCCGAUGGCCACCUCCAGCACUAACCCCAACCACCCCGAUCCGCGGUCCUCGACGCCCGUGGCAGCUGCGCAGCCCGCAACCUCGUCCCAGAACUUCUCGACAUUGGUCUCCACCAUUCUCAAGACCACCGGCAAGGAGCCCGCGCCGCUAGUUGGGCCCUCGACUACCGUCGUCGGCGAUGUCCUCUUCGUCUUUGGCGGGCGCAUCCUGUCGCGCUCGAGACCACAGCUCACUAAUGACAUGUACGCGCUCGACCUGAUGACUCGGGUAUGGCGGAAGCUCGAGACAAAGGGGCAAAUCCCGCCACCCCGGUACUUCCACAGCGUGUGCGCGCUGGGCGAUUCGAAGCUGGUGUGUUUCGGCGGGAUGUCGCCGACAAAUACCACUGCGACGCCCUCGGGGGAGGAGGGAAUCCACAAUAGGACUUUGCCGUCGCCGGCUGGCGGCGUUGCCGCCGGCCAGCAGAAUCAACCGGACCAGAGCGAAGUCCAAGUCAUGAGCGAUAUCCACGUCUUUGACAUCCCGUCGUGCACCUGGACGUUUAUUCCCACGCCGAAUCCGCCGGAGGGGAGAUACGCGCACUGCGCUACGAUCCUGCCAAGUACGGCGUUUUUUACGGCUGCCAAUACGGUGGCGGCGGCAGUGGUGGGCGGGGAGAGGUUGGAUGGAUUUGGUGGUGCGGAGAUGGUUGUCGUGGGAGGCCAAGACUCGGCGAAUCAUUAUAUCGAAGAGGUUAACGUCUUCAACCUGCGUUCGUUGACGUGGACAUCGAGGAGUCCGUUGGAUCGGUCGUGCGGAGCUUACAGGUCGGUCGUGGCGCCGUUGGGUAAUAAGCUGUCGGUUUCGCAGAUAGGGGCCGGUGUGGAUGCAUCGCCGGCGGGUGACGAAAUAGCACCCGCCGCCGCUCCUGCUCCCACCCCUGCUCCUGCUCCUGCGAAUGGCAAUGCGCCGAACCCCAAUGGUCCAGGCGCGAUGUUGAUCUACUCGAACUACAACUUUUUGGAUGUCAGACUGGAGCUACAGCUCCGUCUGCCGGAUGGAUCGCUGACGGAAAAAGCGAUGAACGGACAGCACUCACCUCCUGGGCUGCGAUUCCCGAACGGCGGGGUUUUGGAUAAUCACUUUGUGGUGUCGGGAACAUAUCUCACCUCCAACAAGCAGGAGUAUGCGCUCUGGGCUCUGGAUCUCCGGACGCUGGUAUGGUCACGUAUCGACGCGGGACAGGUGUUCGCGCAGGGCUCGUGGAAUCGCGGAGUGCUCUGGAACCGUCGUAGCUCCUUCCUGAUCCUGGGGAACAAGGGUCGUUCUCUGGUGGAAGACUAUAACCAUCGUCGUAUCAACUUUUCCAAUCUCUGCAAAGUCGAUCUGGAGGCGUUUGGUCUCUACGAGAACUGGCGCAAUACUUCGCAUCCAGCCGCACAGAGAACAUUCUCGUCUGCGGCCGAGGACUUCGGCCGCAUGUUCAUGAGCAUGCCCGAGCUUGCGGAUAUGGAAUUCGUGUGCAUGGAGGGCGAAACGGUACCCGUCAACUCUCGAAUGAUCGCAAAGCGAUGGGGCCCAUACUUCAUCGAGCUUCUCAACUCGACCAAGCACGAGCCCGACCCUACAGGUCGUGCAGUGUCCAUGGCCACUAUAACCCCGCAGUCCUUCUCGGCGCCCGCGGCAGCAGGAGGUCUUGGGGGCAUCCCGCCCCCUUCACAACCACCAACGACAGCACAAUACAAUCCCCUGGACCGCCCCAGAUGUCUCUACUUCCCCCACUGCCACUCGGUAGUCCUAGCACUCACAGAGUUCCUAUACACCGGCUCCCUCCCACCCCCGGGCGAUCCAGGCGUCAUCGCACCCAUCCUUUGCUCGCUCCUACAGAUCGCACGACCAUACCGCAUCGAGGGACUCCUCGAAGCAACCGUGGAACGGAUCCACCAGCAGCUCGAUGGCAAGAACGCAGCGGCAGUCUUCAACGCUGCCGCAACCGCCGCCGGUUCCGGUUCCGGAAUCGAAGCUGUCUACAUGGACCAUAAACAUCUCGACGACGACGUUUCAACCGCCGCCGCGAACGGCAACGGUGAUGUCGGCGCGGAUGAGGAUACGAGUGCGCCGCUCCCACCACUACCGGGCGCGACAGACGACGACGAGUGGUGGGAGAACGUCAACAUCAUUGGCCUACAGAAGCGCGGUCUGCGCGGGCUGAUGGAGGGCCGGAGGAUGAGAGAACGAGGGAAGAGUCUGGGCGGGAAGAUCGGCGAGGCAUCGGUCGGGACGUUCGGGGGGCUGCCGGCGGGCGGGGGGUAGUGGAUUUUGGGUUCAUCUGUGUGUUUUUGGAUCAUUUGGAGCGCGCUUUUGUAACUCAUUUCUAUUGCACCAUUUUAUUCCCUUUGUUCUGGAUGAUCUAACGGCUGUUUUCUUAUUCUUUUCUUUUUUGAUAUAGCGGAGGAGGACGAGGAGGAGGAGGGAUGGGGUGUAUACCCAGUUGUAUAGGCAAAUAUUGGUGAUCGUAUCUACUAUACUUAGUAUGUAGUGGGAAAUUUUGGGGGAUUAGGAGAAUCCUACUGUAGUUAUUCUCAAUAGGUACUCUACUCGCAGUAUCAUAUUGGUUG